AUGCUACGCUUUAUUCGAUUGGCUAGCACGUCUACCACCAAGACUAGACCAGAACUACUGUCGAUCCUACCUUCAAAACGUACCAUUAAUCGAAUCCUUUUCGACAAUGACUCCCCCAUCACCUACUCGCGAAUGAUGCCCAUUUUAACAAACAUUUACAAUAAUUUAUCACAACCAUCCAAAAUUACCAUCCCCAAUACAGUUAAACCACUGGAUUUGAUGGUUUUUAGAAAACUCUUGACUAGUAUUCGAUCAGUAACCCAAUCAGUCAAUAAGAAUUUACUUGAUCUAGAGAAUGAGUUAGUGGAGCAAGCUGCUGAACGAGGUGAUUUGGAUGCAAUAACGAUGCUUGCGUUUGAAAAAGUGAGGGAAAAUGUUAGGGGGGAAUUGGUUGUUGAUAAAGCUGCCAAGGAAGAUUUAGCCCAUGCUAAUAAAUUGAUCACAGAGUUGACACAAUUGAAACAUCCUUUGGUGUUCAAAAUGGCGGGUGAUUUGGCGUUUGAGAAAAAAGUGUUUGCUACUGCUGUUGAUUAUUGGCAACAAUUUUUGGCAUUGGAAGAUGAUACUAUUGAAGCAGGUCAUGUUUAUUACAACUUGGGCUAUUAUUACUUUUCACAACCACCACCAGUACAAGACCUACCUUUGGCCAAGAAAUUUUUUCAAAAUUGUAUUGCAUUAACUGACUUGGAUUUGUAUUCAACUAAAGCCCAUUACUACUUGGGACAAUUGUACCUUGAUACCAACCCACGAGUCGCUAAAUAUUUUAUGGAAAUUAGUGCUCUGAAAUCUUUGUUGGAAAGUUUUGCCAGUUUGGGGUUUUUGGAAAUGAACAAGUUUAACAAUUAUGAAAUUGCUAUUGAAUGGUUUAAAUUGGGUGUAGAAGCCAAUCGGGAUUUGCUUUGUUUGAUUGGUCAGUUUGAUUGUUAUAUCAAAAUGAAGCAAUGGGCCGCGGCAGAUAAAGUGUUGCGGAAUUUAAAUGAGUUGCGUCGAAAAAUAAGUGAUGUCAAGAAAGGUGCUCUGAAGAAAGUGCCUGACUCAAUGAAGGAGAGUUUCCAAGUAAAUGAUUCGUUAUUGGCGUCAUUUUUCCAAGGUCGGAAACAAGAGUUUGAAUUGUUACAACAAAAUAUAUAA